GCGGCAGCCCUGUCCGGACUCCACCGCGCCUCGCAGGGGCUCCGACACCAACCCAAGAUUCGUGGUCGUUAGUUCCCAUGGUUUCACGGCACAAUGAGGCACACUGGCUCUUGGAAACUGUGGACCUGGGUGGCAAUGUUCCUGCUUCCUGCUUUCACUUGUGUGACGGUCAGGGACAAGUCAGAAAGUACCUGCCCGAUUCUGAGGACGGAAGAAUAUCAGGAUGACAGAAGCAAACUUCAGGUUUCAGGCUUUGAUCUGGGAGAGAGUUUUGCUUUGAGGCGUACAUUUUGCGAAGGUGAUAAAACCUGUUUCAAAUUGGGAAGUGCCCUUCUUCUCAGAGACACUGGUAAGAUAUUUCCCAAAGGCCUUCCUGAGGAGUAUUCUGUAGCGGUCAUGUUUCGAGUACGAAGAAGCACCAAGAAGGAGCGAUGGUUUUUAUGGCGGAUUUUAAACCAGCAGAAUAUGCCACAGAUUUCUAUAGUGAUUGAUGGCACAAAGAAGGUGAUAGAAUUUAUGUUCCGUGGUGCUGAGGGGGAUCUGUUGAACUACGUUUUUAAGAAUCGAGAACUCCGCCCUCUCUUCGAUCGUCAGUGGCAUAAACUUGGCAUUGGUGUGCAAGCCCGAGUCCUUUCUCUCUAUAUGGAUUGUAAUCUAAUUGCAAGUCGGCACACGGAAGAGAAGGACUCUGUGGAUUUUCAUGGGAAGACAGUUAUUGCCACACGAGCUUCAGAUGGCAAGCCUGUGGACAUUGAACUUCACCGGCUCAUAAUCUCCUGCAAUGCAGACUUCCUAGCUAAGGAAUCAUGCUGUGACCUAGCAGCUACUAAGUGUCCUGAGCAAGACAACGUUGGAAGUACCACUCCAUCAUGGGUGACCACUCACACCGGUGAAAUGUCUUUAUAUCUACCGGGAAAGCAGGAACUUAAAGACCCAUGCCAGUGCAUUCCAAUCAAGGAGGAAGCAGGCUCACCUACUCUGGGUUCCCUUGGACCUAAAGGGGACAAAGGAGAACCGGGUGAAAAUGGCAUUCAUGGUCUUCCAGGCUUACUUGGUCAAAAGGGAGAACAAGGACUUGAAGGCACCAAAGGAGAAACUGGUGAAAAGGGUUUGAAAGGUGACCUGGGUCCUCAAGGUCCACCUGGCCCAAAAGGAGAAAAGGGUGAUAUGGGACCUCCAGGGCCACCAACCUCAACUGCUUCCAUAGGGAUACAAGGCCCCCAAGGUCCACCUGGAAAAGAAGGUCAAAGGGGAAGACGAGGGAAGACAGGACCUCCAGGAAACCCAGGCCCUCCAGGACCACCAGGACCUCCUGGGCUGCAAGGACUACAGCAGACUUUUGGCGGCUACCUCAAUAAGGGAACUGGUGAACACGAAGCUGGUGGCCCAAAAGGAGAAAAGGGUGACUCUGGGCUGCCAGGAUUUCCAGGGUCUGUUGGCCCUAAAGGACAGAAAGGAGAACCCGGGGAGCCUUUAACCAGAGGUGAAAAGGGAGAUAGGGGAGAGCCCGGCCUUUUAGGACCACAGGGAAUGAAGGGGGAACCUGGAGAUGCUGGUCCCCCUGGUCUAACAGGGAGCCCAGGACUAAAGGGUCAGCAAGGACCUGCAGGUUCCACGGGGCCCAGAGGACCACCAGGAGAUGUUGGAUUGCCAGGAGAACAUGGUAUCCCAGGGAUACAAGGCAUUAAAGGAGAGAAGGGAGAUGCAGGUGGAAGGCUAGGCCCUCCUGGACUUCCAGGUCCAAAGGGUGAUGCUGGGCCUCCAGGGAAAAGCCUGCCAGGGAAGCCAGGAUUAGAUGGAAAUCCUGGUGCACCUGGCCCACGUGGGCCAAAGGGUGAAAGAGGACUACCAGGUAUCCAUGGCUCCCCGGGGGACACAGGCCCACCAGGAGUAGGAAUCCCUGGCAGGACAGGCUCCCAAGGACCCACCGGAGAGCCAGGUAUUCAGGGUCCUCGAGGUCUGCCCGGAUUGCCAGGAACUCCGGGGACCCCAGGGAAUGAUGGACCUCCAGGGAGAGACGGGAAGCCAGGCCUUCCAGGCCCCCCAGGUGACCCGAUCGCACUUCCUCUCUUGGGAGACAUUGGCGCCUUGCUGAAGAACUUCUGCGGCAACUGUCCAGCCAGUGUUCCCGGGCUGAAGAGCAACAAAGGGGAUGAAGGAGGCACUGGGGAACCUGGAAAAUACGAUUCUGCAGCCAGGAAGGGGGAUGCAGGACCACGGGGUCCCCCAGGAGUCCCAGGCAGAGAGGGGCCAAAGGGAAGCAAAGGAGAGCGGGGCUACCCUGGAGUGCAUGGGGAGAAAGGCGAUGAGGGUCUUCAAGGAAUCCCUGGCCUCUCAGGAGCUCCUGGCCCAACUGGACCUCCUGGCUUAACAGGAAGAACUGGACACCCCGGUCCCACUGGAGCCAAAGGUGACAAGGGCAGUGAGGGGCCCCCUGGAAAACCUGGACCUCCUGGACCCCCUGGUGUUCCGCUCAAUGAAGGAAACGGCAUGAGCAGUUUGUACAAAAUCCAGGGAGGAAUGAAUGUUCCCAGUUACCCAGGACCCCCGGGCCCCCCUGGCCCAAAAGGUGAUCCCGGCCCAGUGGGAGAGCCUGGUGCGAUGGGCUUGCCAGGACUGGAAGGAUUUCCUGGUGUAAAGGGAGAUCGAGGCCCAGCAGGUCCCCCAGGACUAGCCGGCAUGUCGGGGAAACCCGGUGCCCCAGGCCCUCCAGGAGUCCCAGGGGAGCCGGGUGAGAGAGGGCCUGUUGGGGAUACAGGUUUUCCUGGACCAGAGGGACCCUCGGGGAGGCCAGGCAUAAAUGGAAAAGAUGGAUUACCAGGUGCUCAGGGCAUCAUGGGUAAACCUGGAGACAGAGGCCCCAAAGGAGAGCGCGGUGAUCAGGGAAUUCCAGGAGACAGAGGCCCACAAGGUGAACGUGGCAAACCAGGCCUUAUGGGCAUGAAAGGGGCUAUAGGUCCUGUGGGGCCCCCAGGAAGCAAGGGCUCAAUAGGAUCACCUGGCCACCAGGGCCCUCCAGGCUCUCCAGGCAUCCCCGGCAUGCCGGCUGAUGCUGUUUCGUUUGAAGAAAUCAAAAAGUACAUUAAUCAAGAGGUCCUAAGGAUUUUUGAAGAGAGGAUGGCUGUGUUUCUGUCCCAACUUAAGCUGCCAGCAGCAAUGCUGUCCGCUCAAGCUCAUGGGAGGCCUGGCCCACCGGGGAAGGAUGGGUUACCUGGACCCCCGGGAGACCCAGGACCCCAAGGCUACAGAGGACAGAAGGGGGAAAGAGGAGAACCUGGGAUUGGGCUGCCAGGGAGUCCAGGCCUUCCCGGAUCUUCAGCAGGUUUGCCAGGUUCACCAGGGGCCCCAGGGCCUCAAGGACCCCCAGGCCCCAGUGGAAGGUGUAAUCCAGAAGACUGCCUCUAUCCUAUGACUCCUGCCCAGCAGAAGGCAGGUGGGAAAUGAACGCUACAGAGGAAGACUCGUUCCUGGUGAGAUGGCCGUGCCAUUAGAGCUAUUGAUCCGUGCUUUACAGCCACGUGCUGUCAAGGCCUAUGAUUUCUGGAUCGUUUUUCUUUGCCUUUUUUUUUUCUUUUUUUUUUUUUUUUGCCUCUGAUGUGGCGCAAACAUCCGAAGCCACCAUCUGAAUCCUAUCCUGACAGUAAUUGGAAAUCAGUAUUUUCAGAUGUUUCCCAACGUCGUUCUGUGUGUUUUUGCUUUACCGUGGCCAUGAGUUCUACUCAGUUUCGUAUGAAAAUGCAAGCGAGCCUGUCAUGGGUUCUUCAGAAGAAAUCCCAUGAGGUGAUAUAGGUCACAGACGACAUACGCUUUGUGAACUCAUCAACAUGGUUAGACUUUGAUUUCUGAACUUGAAUUUUUGAAAUUUAUAUUGAUAUUUUCUUCAUAUUUAAAUUUACAAUUGUUGCUUGAAAGUCAUCUUUCUGCUCUUUUGAGACUGAGACAGCAUAUUACUGCUGUUGAUUGUUCUAUGACUGAUUUUUUAUGAGAAGUCUUACACCGUCCUACAUUCAUUCUAUUUAUACAGAAAAAUAGGUAAUAAGAGAUCCACUUUUAAGUUAUUCUUCAAAGGACAAACUAUGGGAGACUCUUUAUCAGGGAGCCCCCAAACUCAGCAUAGCUAACCGUCGAAAUGACUUUGCGUCUUCCUUGCUGUAAGCUCAAUUUGAAGUACUCCUCAUGACAUUGAACAUGUGCUACAAGAGAAAGAAGGAACCAAACUAACCCUAUCCUCACUUUAAUGAGUCUCCAGUGAUGGAGAAAGUGGUUUUUCCCUAAGAGGUGUUUGGUGGUGAAGUCAAAGUACCAAGUACCAAGUCUUUGGAUUUUGACAAACUUUAGUAGCCUGGCAAGACUUUUGUGCUCUUUCAUGAAUUAUUUCUGAUUUUGUGAUCCCCAGUCCCACCAUUAGGGCAAAGCACAGGACUUACAAUGACGGAAACAGAAGAGUCCUCACCUUGUUAAGUGAGAGUGAAGCACCAGCCAAUGAAUAGGUGGAGCACACGCCGUCCUAAGGAGAAUCAUGGAUGUCUUUUUAGAAAGAGUCCAGUUCUGCAAAGAAAAGAUGGAGAUUCUACAUGAAAGGCACUCCAUACCUACAGUAUUCUGGGUUUGGAGAUUUAGCUCAAUUGUAGAGCAGUUUCCUGGUAAGCUCAAGGCCUUGGGUUCCAUCCUCAGCUCUGGGGAAGAAAAUAAAUAAACAAACAUAUGCUCUAAAAGGAAGCAAAACUCCAAUGGGGUUAGCUGAAUUAUCCAACAGUAUUUUAUACUCCCUACCCAUUCAUUGUUUGGAGCAACUUUUUGUUGCUUGUCUAGAAUAUUUAGCACAAGGACAGAUGUUGCUGGGAUCUAAUUCAUUGGAUUUCCCCGGAAGCUGAGCGCACACUACCAGAGCCCUCCAGUCACAGAGACUAAUUCACACCUCAAGGAGCAGAACAUAUUCCACAGGAUAGGACGGUGUUUUCUACCUACUAAUUAAAGCAGGCAAUGAAUUUAGAAAAGCAAGCACCCCGAGAGUGGGGAAAGCUGUGAAGGUUUUCCCGGGAAGCAUGCCUGACGUAAGGCAGAGUUUGUUCAAACGCACCCAUGAUUUGAACUGGCUUUCCUUACAAAUAGAUGAGCUGCUGGCCGGGUACCGUCAACAUAAUUGUGCAUAAAUAUAGCUUUUUAGGUAUUUAAUAUUGAGUUUUCUCUGUGUAUUUCCAUCCAAGUUUAUUUAUUUUCCAAGUCUACUUUAUUUAUUCCCAAUGUUUUAAACAUUUUGUUGCUUAUUCUUUUAUUUUCUUUCUCAUGCAAUACCUGCAAUGGUGCUGUGUUUUAAACUCAUGCAAUUGGAAGAUGCAGACAUUUGUAUAUGUAUCUUCAUAAUCAAACGACAGUCUACCCCCCCCAUGUACAUAAGGUGAAAAGAUGGUGCUAUGUGUAUAUUUUGAGCUUUCAAUUUGUUAACUUUUCUGAAAACUUACAAAAUACCUGGCACAUAUUUACUUGAAUUUGCUGUAAAGCUAAGAUUUUUAUAUGUUUUCAAAGAUUAUUUUUCAUAUUAAUUGACAAGCUAUUUAUCCUUUUGCCUUUUGGUUUAUUCAAACAUAUUUAUUUCAUAAUUUUAAUAUUUUCAUGAACAUGUGACUGGUGAUCAAUGCAUUUGGGUUUUUUUAUUGAUCAGUUCAUAUGUAGAAAAAGAUUUCUUGUUUUGUAAAUUAUAUUCAAUUGCAUUCACUUCAGUUCCACAGAACAGAAACCUUUCUUAUAAGUGGUAUAGUUAUUAUUCUUCCUUUUUCUAAUUUCUGUGACUGUGAGGCUGACUUAUUUCUGUUUCAAGCAUUUAGAUUGAUUCAUGUGACUUGAGGAGGGGAUAAAAUGUUACAUGAUACACAUUGAGAGUGACCUGUCACCGUGAUUCAAGCGCAUUUUUAAAACUAGGGCAUGUGACUAAGUCUGAUAUACCCAGAGAGAGGGGCCUGAGAUUACAUAGCACAAACCCUCAAUCAUCUUGGAAAGUUGUUUUUCUUUUUGGGCCUCAGCUCUAUUCAUAACAAAGGGCUACAAGGGACACUCAGUCUAACUAGCGUAACAAAGAGACUGGCAGGUGCUCAACCCUUCGAUAAAAAUAAACACGAUAAUUUGGUCCCCCAAGUAGAAUAGGAAAUGUCCCUCUAAAUAACCAUUUGUUUCAUUAAAAAAAUAAUAAUUAAGAAAACUGUUUACUUCAGGUGUUGUCUUUAGCAAGAGGAAGAAUUAUUAGUUUUCUCUCAUUUGUACUGCACAUAUGUUUAAAUACAAAAUAAUUACAAGCCAUGAUGGCAAGAUUACAACUAGUUUUUUUUUUCCUUAUAAGGAUUUUAGAACUCUUUUUAAAUUUUAUGCCAGUUCAGGUAGCAAUUUUAGCUAGAAAUGUUCCUAUGUAGAGAAGAUCUAUUCCCAGUUCAUUUUGCUGGCUUUUAGAGUCAAAAGAAAAGAGAGAAGAAUGACCUUUCCACAUGAAAGCGUUGAAGAUUACUUCCAACCACAACAGAAGCUGUCUGGCUUGAGAUUUUCCACGUCUUACCUUGAUCAGAGCCAUUUAAAGACUAUGACCUCUUGUGCUUUUUUUCUGUCUUUCACAAUAUAGUUGAAGAUUGAAAUUUUGCCUACUACAAAGCUUAAGGAAGUAUUCCACAAUGUACUGCCUAUACAAAUUACCAUUCGAUUCUGAGUUUAUAAGCAAUUUCUAUGGCUAGGUCCUAGACAUGGUUCAGCUCUUCGGCAUUUCUGAGAAACUUAUUACAUCCCUCCUUUGUCCACAAGAUGGUGUUGGCGGCAGUUUGUUCAGAACUGGACAGACUCCCAGAAGUCUAAAACCUAGAAAACUUUGGUGAACGACUAAGUCAGACAUUGGCCUUUGCACUUUUGUUUUGUAAAUAUUCUUUGUUAUUCAUUUAAUUAAUUUGCGUUUUUCAGAAUUUUCAGUAGCUGUGUGAGGCAGGCACAAUAGCUUUUGGUUUGUUGGUUGUCUCAUUUGUAUUUAUUUAUUAUGUGUAUACCUAUAUGCGACAUGUGAAUUUGCUAUAAGGCUGUCUUAUGCCACUUUUGCAUUUUGGUGACUACUGUGCACACACUAAGUAUUCAUCCCUCCUUGCAGACAGGGCAGGUGUCCCUCUGACAAAUGAAACACAUUUAGCUUAGCACAAGGAGCUAUUUACACAUUACACAAUGUCUAAACUCCUUAUUGCUCAAGAUAAAUUUUGCAAUUAAAUUUGUGCAAUGUCUAUUUUUCUAGAAAUAUGUCACCCUUUACAAAACUAAGUAAGAAAACUGAUUUUCAAAAUGCCAUCCUUUUUAAGUGCCAUCCUUCUUCUAGUGUUGGUAGCACUAGCCCAAGACUGAGAAUUGGGCACAGUGAUGUUGAGGUGAUUUGAAUGACCCAGGGAAAAGCUGAACAAAUUUGAUACUUGCCCUUAUCCUUAACUUACUUUCUAUGCUUGUCUAGACGUAUCUACCACGCCAAGACACACGAUGUUUUCUCUCCUGGCUUCAGAGUGGGACAUACUCUCCCUUUGUAAUCCUCUCAUCUCAGAGAUGAAGGAACCUCUAUGAGGAGAAUCCCAGGAGAGUUUAAUUAUCGCCCUUGAGGGUAAUGUUGUAGCCCAUUGAGUUGUAUGUCUUCAUCAUCACUUGUGUAAAGUGGUGUUUGUUGGAUUAAACAUAUCCAAUGAGAAGGAGUUCCAGGACGCAGAAAAAAGAGGUUAUUUCUGUUUCUAUUUGCUAGUGUAGCUGGAGCUACCACAGCAACAUGUCACUGAACCAAGUCAUGACUUUUUCAUCAGUUUGGUUUGAUUGAAUGCAGCUCCAAGCAGACCCAGAGAACACUGAUUCAGGCAAGCAAGCCAGCAAGAAAAUAAUUAUCCAAAAGACAAAGAGGAAACUUAGUCUAGCAAGAAACAGCUACACAGAAAAAUUUUCAAGUUUGAUUUCAGUAGUGAUGUAUGGUUUGACUGAAGAUGUCAGCUGGUUACUUCAUGGACUUGCCCAAAGUGAAUGCUGGAAAACUAAACUCCGGACUAACUGCUCAGCAUGUAACAAGAGUCUGGGCGUUGCUUGACCAUAACAAGCCGACAGGCAUCAACAUUAAUUUUACAACUUUUUAUUUUGCUUUGGUUCUUAAGGUGUAUUUAAAGGAUAAAUACUUGUAGUGAAUUUGAAUUCAGAUUGUAUUAUGGACUAUUUUAUAACUAUUUAUUUUUAAAAUAACAUUUGGGAUGUAUUUUUCUCCAUUUUGUUUGUGUGCUAUCUUACUUCAUCAGCUAUUUAAGGUUGAGUUUUAUUACACUCACUUCAAGUGGAAUGCUCCUCGCUUAUGAUAAAUCCCAGUGAAUAUACGCUUGUAGGCCUUGGUUCCUCUCGCUUUAUUAUGCGUCAGGAAUGCCUCGCCUCUCUCAGCAAUAAAGGAAUCCACUCUAAAUCAGGGACCUCUAAGGUGCAAUUCUUAACACUGUGUCUACACUUCUGUCCUUCUCCAUGGCUGAAGCUCCACCCCAGUUCUGUUCUGUUAGCUCCGAGCCACACUGAGGCUUCACAGUCACCCUCACAUCAAGAGAAAGCCCACAGCAUCCAUGGAGCCCGGGACUGCUCUACUGGAGGCUCAGUGUCUACCACACUGGCCUCACAGUUUGAAUUUGUGACCUUCCUCCCUGGCAAACUAUGCAAAGCCCAGCGUAUUGAUUUCAGAUGAGAAUUAUAAACAGAAACAGAAGUAAGAGUGAGUCCAAAAUGAUGUUCUCUUCUAACAGAAGUUAAAAUCGAGUUAGACUUCUUGCUAGAGAGAGCUCUUAGAAAGCUAAGACGAGCCGUGACUAACGUUCCUCCUAUAAUAAGUUUCUUAGCAUGGCAAUACAUAUUUAAAUAUAUAGUAUGUUUUCUAAGAGAAAUUAAUUAAAUCAAAAUAUGCCAGUGGCUUUAUAUGUCUAUAUGGACUAGCUAAUGGCUUAAACAGUUCUUAACUAUCCUUGCCUUCAUAUUCCCUUACAAUAAAUGAAGUGGGUGCGCUCUAAAAAGUAUUGUUGUCUUCUCACAUGAAACUGUGAACUUGGAGACCAAAUAAAAACACAUCAAAAUAAACUUGAAAAAGAAGACAUGAAUCCCAAAACGUUGCUUGGAGUCAAUUUCCUCCAUUUUUUUUCUCUUCAGUUACAAAUGUAGAAUGAACAGCAGCACACAAAAGCAUGGGAAGCAGAAAGUUAGUGUAACUUGACAGUUUUUAAGACACAAAUAUUUAUCAGACAGCUCCCUCUUGCCAAUAACCAGAUCUAUCAAGCAUGCUACAGGUCUUUGGAUAACCUUCUCAAUGCCAUUUGAGCGCGUGUAUUGCAUAUACAAUAUUAUAAAUGGCCGACUUAUGUUUAAUAUUUACUGAGCCAUUGGUACUUAAUGUUCAACAUCAGAAGUUGAUAAAAACAAUUUAAGUACACAACUGGACAGUAUUUUACUACACAAAAAUUAUAACCUAUAAGGCCUAAGCACGAAUAUUGUCUUAGAGUUUUAGACUACUAUUUAUGGCCAUUUUCCAUUCGUAACAACAUCUCACUAACGUCUCAUUUUUAAUGCCAUUUAUAUGCCCCCUUCCCGAGGGUUACCAGCAUGCUUAAAGGUAAUUCUCCUGCUAUUUCUGAUUAUUUGUGCUAUGGGAGAUUUUUUUCACCAAUAUUGGUUAACUUCAAACCUGGAGAUUUUAUACCUCAGAAACAAUAUACCUCCAAAAUUAAAUAAUUCGAUUGUAAGUGAUCUUUGAAGCAGGGAUUUAAAUUAAGCACAGUUGGGGUCAUAUCUGAUAAUGAUUAAGGGUAGUAAUAUUGGUUUAACCAGCUUGAAAUAUAAAAUAUUCUACAUGGGUCACCAAACUGUAUGAUAUGACUACUCAUUCAUACUCUUCUGGCAAACAGAAGACAAUUAUCCAAAAUCAUCAACAAAUAUAUGUGCUCAGACUAGAAAAUUAUUUUCAUACUUAUUAACCAGCCUGUUGGCUAUUAGGAUUACGCAUCAAAUCAUCCCGCCUUGGAAGCAUGAGUAGAAAGAAACCAGAAAUCAUUUGCUCUUGACUAAUAAGCCAGUUUCUCAGCAACUUCAGCUGUCUACACAUUCCCCUCUUGACAGGUUCUCUGAUCGACACUACCCAAUCUCUAAAGCACAUCAAGGAAGAUGUGGAGAUCUCUCUUUUGCUAGGGAUGCAUAGUAGGCCUGCCUGGGUUUAGCAGCCGUCUUUCACGAGGAGCAUUCACUAGGCACAUUUUUUUGCAAGUUUUUCAUCAAAUAUUAGUGCUUCCCGUCAACUGUUUCAUUUAACUGAGAUUUACAGUGGGCUGGUUGUUCCUGCCAUUUGGGGUGUGCUAGUUUUGCAUAAGCUGUCUGUAAGUGGCUGUCCCCAACAUUACUGUACCUGUGGGUCUUGUUGUCCUGCCUCAAUAUGCAUCAAGUUUGUGUAACAGUUGGGUGAACUGAUAUUUGAAAUUUUAUUUUUUUAUUUCUUAUGAAUACGAUGUUAUAGGACUAAGGAACAUGUUUAAUUACUUAAUUUUUCUUUCCCUGUAUUUGGUUAUUGUCACUCUAAUUAAAGAUAA